AUGGCUGCCGCAGGCCCCAGUGUGGUGAGGCGAGUGGAAGAGCUCGGGGACCUGGCUCAGGCCCACAUACAGCAACUUAGUGAAGCUGCCGGUGAAGACGAUCACUUUUUAAUUCGGGCCUCUGCAGCACUAGAAAAAUUGAAACUCCUAUGUGGAGAUGAGAAAGAAUGUUCAAAUCCAUCAGAUCUUCUAGAACUUUACACACAGGCUAUUUUGGACAUGACAUAUUUUGAGGAGAACAAGCUAGUAGAUGAAGAUUUUCCUGAAGACUCUUCUUCACACAAAGUAAAAGAUCUCAUCAGUUUUCUUUCAGAACCAGAAAUUUUAGUUAAGGAAAAUAAUAUGCAUCCAAAACACUGCAAUUUGCUCGGGGAUGAGCUACUGGAAUGUCUAUCUUGGAGACGAGGAGCCCUGCUAUAUAUGUAUUGUCAUUCUCUGACCAAAAGAAGUGAGUGGCUCUUGAGAAAAUCUACUCUGCUUAAAAAGUACCUUGUUGAUGGAAUCAGUUACUUGCUACAGAUGCUAAAUUAUCGGUGUCCUACCCAGUUAAAUGAAGGGGUUUCUUUCCAAGACCUAGACACAGCUAAAUUACUGAGUGCAGGAAUAUUUAGUGACAUUCAUUUGCUGGCUAUGAUGUACAGUGGUGAAAUGUGUUACUGGGGAUUGAAGCAUUGUGCUGAUCAACAACCAGAAAAUCAUGAAGCGAAUACUGGUGUUUCUGGAGCAAGCUGCACUACACACAAAGAACCCUUGGAUUUCCGAGAAGUAGGAGAAAAAAUUUUGAAGAAGUAUGUGUCUGUGUGUGAAGGACCCCUGAAAGAACAAGAAUGGAAUACAACAAAUGCAAAACAAAUUUUAAACUUCUUUCAACAUCACUGUAACUAGUAAGUUCAUCCCGUUCAAACAGAAAAACAAAGAGACCCAUAAAAUGGAAAAGAAAGUUCCAGAAAAGAAGACAUAUUGACACUGAAUUUGAGAAUAUUACACUGCAUAAAGAUAUACAGCGUGGGUACCCUUCUUUAAAUGCCAUC